AUGAUGCGCCUACAUCUUCAAUCUGGGUUUUUCGGCGCUGACAUUUCUGAUCCUCAACUGACUCGCUCCCGGAUCGACGAUUAUCAAGGCUUUAAUAGUAUCAUAGAAGCCCGCGAAGAACUUGAUAUAGUAUUCCAGCCCGUCUCUCGCUUUAUGGACGCGGUCAGACAGUUAGCUUCCGAACCAAGGCCACCAGACUCGAAUAUCACUCGACUAGACGUCACACGUAUGCAAGUCUGUCUUCGAAUCGAACUUGCACGAUACUUGCACCGACUGAAUCGAUUCGAGAGUAGAAUGCAGAAAUCACUAGAUCGAAAGUCUCAGCGUGCAAUUGAUCUCAUUCGACUACACCACAAGACUUUCUCAUUAGUCCUAGAGACAUACAUUGAUAUAGAGGAUAUGACAUACGACGUUCACAUCGAUGGAUUCAGAGAGAUGGUCCUACUAUCCGAGCGAAUAACCAACAGCUUUGACGAGCGAAGCGAUCCCAACAACAACUCUUCCCGACCAACCUUCUUACUAGACAUGGGUAUCCUUCCACCGCUAUUAUAUGUCUGCCUCACAUCUCCCUGUGUGUAUACUCGUCGGCAAGCCCUUCGCUGUCUCCGGGCAUGGCCACACCGAGAAGGACCCUGGGACUCGAAUUUGGUUGCUUUAAUGGGAACCAUUACCCUUCAAGUCGAGAUUGAAGCAGAAUUUAAAAGGCUGUCUACCAUUAAAACAAUACGAAAAACGAAGGUCUCCUCAGUACGGGAUAUCACGUACAUACCGCCACCCUCACGAAUCAUAUGCGUCAACAUGACUAUGGACGAUAACCAAAAAACUGCGGUGCUCAAAUACAACACCAAGGAGCGUGGUUCUGGUAUGCCGCAAUUAGAGAGACGGGUCUUGGUAGAUGAGGUUAGUUGGAUAUAG